AAAACUUCCCCGGUUUUAUUUUUACCUGUGCAGUGACACAUCAGCAGGCAGGUGACUUCUCCUGGCGUUAGAGGGUUCCUGAGCUCCAGGGAGGGAGACAGCCGACCAUGGCCGACUCCCAGCUCAUGUGCAUGGAGGACGGUCACAUCGGAGCCAAAGUCCCGGAGACCAGACCGGAGUUCUACUACAGCGAGGAGCAACGCGUGGCCAUCGAGGAGCUGCUCAGGAAUGGGGACGGCGCCUUCAAAACACGACUCAAAGAAGACAACAUGAAAGACUUCCUGUCCGCCAGGGAGGUCAAACUGUUUCAGAACUCUUUCAAACGGUACGACUCCGGGAAUGACAGCAGAAGCACGGCGUCCCCCUCCAGGUCGGAGCAGGGAGCCGCCGGUACCGACGCGGAUUCGGGGGUCCACUCCACCUACUGGCCCCAGAUGUCGGACACUGAGGUGCCGCCGCUGGACAUCGGCUGGCCCAGCGGGGGGUUGUUCAGAGGGGUGACCCGGGUGGCCGUGCACACACACCCGCCCAAAGACAGCGGACCCCACAUCAAGGAGGUGGUGAGGCGACUCAUCCAGGAGGCCAGCAAGGUGAUAGCCAUAGUGAUGGACUUGCUCACAGACAUCCAAAUACUGCAGGACUUGAUGGAUGCAGCUUGGCGUCGCUCCGUGCCUGUUUACAUCUUGUUGGAUGAACAAGGUGUGCCACACUUCCUGGAUAUGUGCUUCAGACUGCAGAUUGGCUCACAGCAUCUCCGGAACAUCAGGGCCAGAAUGCUUCAGGGAAUUGGCUUUGGGUUGUCCUUCGGCAGACUCCCUGGGUCACUCUGUAAUAAAUACAUGCUGGUAGAUGGAGACAAAGUCAUGUUUGGCUCCUACAGUUUCUCUUGGUGUACGUCUCGUAUGGACAGAAACAUGAUCACUGUGAUGACAGGACAGGUGGUUGACUUCUUUGACCGGGACUUCCGAGAGCUCUAUGCCAUCUCUGAGAAGCUGGACCUUUACAAGGAGUUUCACGUUAGCCCGCCGGCUCCCACUGUGACCACCACCAUUCGUUCCAAAGUGGAACCCAAACGUCCCCCAUUACCAGCAACCACAUCCCGCUUCCAGGUUAGCUUAGGGGAUUCACCAAAUCCUGACAUCCAGGUGCCUGCACACAAAUACUACAACCCCAAAUAUGCACUGGCGUUUGGAGAUGUUCCACGUCCACCAGGAUCUCUGCAGGAGCGAGGACCUAAGAGGGGUUCAGUGCUGAUCAAGGUUCCCGGGGAGAUGGACCCUGGGAGGCCACGACUGACCAGCAGUGAGAGGAUGGGUCCACCGCCCUCAGAAACCCUAAGUGAAAGCCUUACGAAGCCAAACGGAGUCAAGCAGGACAAAAAGGGGCGGUUUUCAUGGAGGAAGAAAUUCUUGAAGGGGAAAUCUUCCAGUAAGCUGUCUGUUAACAGCAGCGUAUGCCCUUCACCCACAGAAACAAGUCAGACUGAUGAGAUUGAGGACAGUUUUGAGGUGGUUGUGGUAUCUCCAUCCAAAGGGAAGAAGAAACAGUCGAAACUGGACCAGAGGACACCGUCUGAGCAAACCGUCAACCCUGUACAGGACAAUGAGAGUCUUAAGAGUCGACGUCGAGGAAAACAACCAUGCAAAGUGUCUUGAUGUGAACCUGCCUGUUUUUAACCUCAGAACUCAUUCACACAUUCUUACAAAGGAUUACAGAAUGACUUCUUCAACACUAACAUCACAUCUGAACGUGCAAUAUUGUAAGUAUUUUAUAAAGACCAGAUGAAUGUAUAGUCUUUCAGAUAUACAUGCGCAGUUUUUAUGCCAAGUGCUGAACAUAACACCAAUGGUCAAAGUACUGUGGGAUGCAUGUUUCCCUGGGAGGGUGCAGAAAUAUUUAAUAAGAUAUUUCUUGUUGAUCACUUCCUUUUAGUUCACUCUGAACCUUGUUGGGGCUUUAGAUUUCUAACUGUUGUGUAGUGAAACGUAUAGGCAGACUGGACUCCACCUGAUCAGGGAUUAUUAUUGCUUAUUUUAUGAGCAACCUACAGCAGCGCAUUUCCAUACUUUGGAUAAUUUGCUUUUGCUUCUCACUCCUUAUAUAAUAGAAAAUCCCAGUCUCUGACACACAAUUAUGGAGAGAUUUUUUAUUUUUUUUUAAAACAGUUGAGCAGACAUGGACGGUGUGUUUACCUUUUUUAGUGAGGUGUUUGUGUUAGCCAUUAGGUGGGUAUUUCAUUGUACUGUAAACUUUUUACUACUUUUCACUUGUAAUUUUUCUGAAAAUGAAUGUUGCUAAGAAUUUAUGUUGAUAUCUGUUUGAUGCACUACUAAAUUGUGGGAUAUUUUGUUCUUUGUAGUUAAUAAAUAGUUUUUUAUUUA